AUGAUGUAUGAGUCCCAACUGUUUUACGUGAGUAGAAAGAAAAGCAAGAGGAUAUUACUAAAGACGACAUUCAGCAAAUUCACUAAUGAAGAAUCCAAUCCAUUGCUUAUUGAUAUUGAAGAUGCAGACAAUGAAGGAAACGAACUAGUACAACCUCAGAUUAGAAGAGAAGGACGGAAGAAGUUUUCAACACCUAAGAAGAAAACUAAAAAUCAAACUGGUGGUUUCAUUGAAAGUUAUGACUUGACAGAAGACAGUGGACUAAAUAGGGAAAAUGAAUUGAGAACAAAAAGACGUUUUGAUAGAUGUAAAACAAAAGGUGAUGAAGUUGUUGUUAUAAACUCAUUUUCAGGAAAAGAUAAUGUUACUGUCAAGAACCUUGACGAAGAUGAAGACUCUGAUUUUGAAGCUGACAUAACUGUGGUAACAAGGAAAAAGAGAAGGCAUCAUACUUCAUUCAAAGAUGAUGAAAAAGAAAAUGUGAAGAAAUUUAAAAGACAAAGGAAUAAAGAAGGAAAUGUAUUGAAGCCAAGAAAACAUCCUAAAGUUGUAGCAAGUGGUGCAGAAGAAGCUAAGCGAAUACAAGUACGGACAUCUCCAAAUGUUUUGUACAGUUGUAUGCAUAACCUUAGCAAGGAACAUGAAGCUUAUAUUUCUUCUAUUGGUCUGAGGCAUUUGUUGAAGAUGAAAGUGGAUGGGUGUGCAUCAAUUAUGGGGCAUUAUAUUGUAAGGAAUUUUAACGCAGAUAGGAUGGUACUCAAACUUCAUCAUGGAGAGAUACCAAUCAAUUGGCAAGUUAUUCACGAAAUGUUGGGUCUGCCUCUGGGACAUGCUACAAUAAAGUCUAUGCCUUAUAGAGAAGUCACAGAUGACACGAUAACUAUUUGGAGAAAACAAUUCGAAGAUGAAGAUAAUAUUAGACCAAGGGCAGUUCAACAAGUUAUUAUGCAGUCAACACGUGCGUAUUUAAUGUUUAAAGUAAACAUCUUUGUCAUGUUGUGUAAUACACUAGGUCAGUCGAUGAGCAUGGGCACAUGUGACCUGUCGAUGUUUUCAAAAGUGACGAAAGAUCUGGAUCUAAGUGACAUUGAUUGGUGUGGAUAUGUUUUUGAUUGCCUUAAGGAGACAAAAAGUGCGUGGAAUCCAAACAGCAAAAAAGGAUUCUAUGUUGGGCCAAUUAUAUUACUGUUGUUGCUAUACGUAGAAAGUGUUCGAUGCAAUUCAGUGAAGAUUGUACGAUGCAGACCAGCAAUAUGUUGUUGGAGUGUUGAUAAACUACGUGAGCGAGAAAGAGUAGAGUGUAGGACAAUUGGUCUGGGUAUGGGUGAAUUGCAAGAUCCAUUUCAAUUCAUCAAUGAAGCAUCGGGAACUGGUAAUGUAGGGCAAGAAAAAGUUCGGGGAAAUGAUGCAAGAGAUGUAAGGUGUAAGGGAAAUCAUGGAGAUGAUAUUUUUAGUGGAAGUUGGGAAAGUGUUGAGGAGAUGUACGACAUGAUAUUGCAGCAAAAGAAAGUGUUGGAAGACAAAAUAAAUGAUGUUGUCAAGAAAUAUCCUGAUAAUCAGUUGGUUAAAGAAUGGAAAAACAAAGUAAAUGAUUUGUUUACUGAAGUUUCUGCAUCAGAGGAACCAGAACAAUCUCAAUGGUGGUAUGAUAACGAGGCUGAAAUUGAACGUACGCUGAUUCUAGCUACAACUAACAAACAGUUUGACAACUCCCCGAUAGCAAAAUGUAGUAUUCAAAUGUCACAGGAAUAUGCAGAUUUCGCGAAUAGAUCUGGAACAAAAUCUUUUAAGAAUACACCACCAUCUAAAAUGGAAAUGCCAAUUCCUUUGUCUGUAGUACCAUUCAACAAAGAUGAACAUUGGGUUAGUAGAAGAGGGUACAGGCCUCGCAUGAAAUCCGAAUAUCUGAAAUCUCCUUACGUUAUACGGGUUGAUAUCAUCAAAGGAGUUCCACGGCAGGAAAAACGUGUAGCAGAAUGGAUAUUCUCUCUCCAGGGAGAGCCAAAUGAUAUAGUUUUCCACACUCUGGAUGGGUUUUCUGCUCAGAGUCAAGUGUUGAAUCUUGAUGAAAGUAAGCGUGCACCUGAAUCGCCCCUGAGAGUUUAUUGCAAGACAGAUGUGACGCUAGAAAGUGGUUUAACAGAAAGUCAACGUAAAGAUAAAUUCAUUGAGAAUUUGGUGCUUUCUAUUGAAGAUAUGGACACAAGCCUACGUUUUGUUGGACUUAAAGAGUACAUAGUUGAUUACUUAAAAUCUCAGAAUCAUCCAAAAGCUGAGAUGUUUUCACAUGUGAUGUCACAUAGACUGGAAAUGCCUUGGAGAACAAUAAACAACAGCAUUGAUUGUGGUGUGUUUACGAUGCGUCACAUGGAAACAUAUAUGGGGGGAAGUAUGAAUGAGUUUAAAGUUGGAUUCAAGAACGAGUCUUCUGCACAAGAUGAUCAACUUGUUAAACUGAGGACAAAGUAUUUAUACAAAAUACUCACUCAUGAAUAUAAUGUGCAAAAGGAUUAUGUGCUGCAAAAGGUUGAUGAAUUCCACAAGAUUCCUUCAAAACAACGUUCUCAAAUGUUGGCCAUUGCAAAGGAAGAAAUUCACAGGAGAUUGGAUGUUUUAAGUUAAUUGUAUUAAAAAAGUUAUUUUAGUUAUGACUUUAAUGGUUUCUUUUGGAUGGAUUAAAAACAAUGCUUUUGUAUGCUAAGGAUGUUAACUUGGGUUGCUGAACGUACAAUACUUACUUUUGGUUUGCUAAUUUUAGUAAUGGACUAGUG